AUGUCCAUCUUUGCACCGGUACCAGACGACCCCAAUUCAGAAGAGCACGAUCUGCUGGGAAUUUCCAAGCUUACCGAGUCCUUUUCGGCGCUAACGGGUGCCAUCGAUACGCGUAUAGAUGCUCUUGUCAAGGAGACACAGGACAGCAUCAACAGCCAAACAGAGGCAUACACGGAAGGGGAAAUUGCCCAAUGCGACGAGACUCUCGAGGCAAUGCGACGCAUCAUGAAACAGUGUGACCAGAUCGAGCAGGAAUUCGACAAGAUUGCCAUCAUUGGAGAGAUUGCCAAGGAUUUUCAGGUGAGGCUGGCCCAGGCUGAGAAGGAUCUCGUUGAGUUGAGUCAGCAGUAG